AUGAUACAAACUUACUAUCCAGCGAUCGGUCCAUCUGUGGCAGGAGCUUGGAAGCUCAUGGGCCUACAGCAGCGAAGUGCGAGGUUGAACACCCUGAUUCCAACCGCCAGACCUUCCCUCGAGAGAACAUAUCCACAGGAAACCAGAACGGAGCAAAGACAUUGUCCCUGUGAGAGUCCUAAUCCAUAUGGCCAGAAGACUAGAAUACAGCCUAACCACCUAACGAAUUGA